AUGGACUGGAAGACAGCUAGUAACACUGGCGGUGAGGUAGACACGUCAAAGGGUCGAAGCCAGGGCCCUCAGGUGGACCAGCUGCAGGCGGGCCGCAAGGCUGCAGGUUACAACGUGGCAGUAAACCCAGGGCAAGGGCUGUAUGAUACUAGACAGCUGAUGGGUCGCGCACCUGAUCGGCAGCAAACAGCGUGGCUCAGGGGCAGGCAGUACGGCAGAGAGCCUCUCAGUGGUGGUGUACCAUGUCGACCGUGCACGGCUUGCCUGUACAUUUGGACAAUGUCGGCAAUGUGCACUCAGUGCUUGGCAUUGGUAUCUGAUGACAAGACGACCCCCGGUGGUGGCACAGUGCAGCAGAAGGUGUCGGCACUACAGGGACGCAUUGUGAAUGGCGUCGAAGCGGCACCUGGGGAGUUCCCUUAUCAGGUGUCGCUGCAGAGGAGUGGAAGUCACAUGUGUGGUGCUUCCAUCGUGAACGAGCAGUGGGCACUCACUGCAGCCCAUUGCAUCGAAGUUGCCGACGUGUACGAGGUGGUAGCUGGUACCAACAGCCUCACGGAAGGGGGAACUAGACAUACGGUGGCAGGCCUUAGUCCUCAUCCGGAUUACGACCCUAGUGAUGCCUGGGUCAACGACAUCGCCGUAGUCAGGGUUUCGCCACCUUUUUCAAUUGAUGGCACCACAGUGGCGCCAAUACAGUUGCCAGAACAGGGGGAGCAGGUUCCAGAUGGAGCCAACGUCACCAUCAUCGGCUGGGGAGAUCUCUGGUACCAGGGGCCGAGUGUAGAUGGCCUGCGCAAAGUGGACAUACAAGUAAUAAACCAAGAGGAGUGCGAGGCAGUGUGGAAUGAGCGUGGCUACCCUGUCUACCCUACACAGAUCUGCGCUGCUCGUUUCGAGGACCUAAACUACGGUUCCUGCCACGGUGACUCAGGGGGUCCACUGCUCUACGAGGGAAAGAUUGUUGGGCUGGUGUCGUGGGGCCACGAAUGUGCAGUGCCUCCCUAUCCCACAAUCUACACACGUGUCUCCAGCUACGUAGACUGGAUCAUCGACAGGACCAGUGAUUGA